AUGACGGCAGACUCAACAAACGGUGUCAAAGACAACAUCCCCAAUGGCGCCUCUGACGGCACCAACGGUCACUCCCAACUCCCAACCGAGGAAGACAUGAGACUUCUCCAGCUUCAACAGAGAUAUGCCGAAGAAGCUGCCAAGCGCAUCCGGGCGGACGGCCCUGCCCAAUUCCUCGACCUCACAGAUGCCGACACAGACCGCUUCAAGGCUAUCGCCGAGGAUCCCUGGGCCGACCACGCCGCCCUCAAUGCCAAACAGACAGUCAAGGACGGAGCCACCUAUAAGUUUCUCGUCCUCGGUGGUGGGUACGGUGGUCUUCUGUAUGCCGUCCGCCUCAUGCAGGCUGGGUUGAUCAAAGGGCCCGAUGAUGUGAGAUUAGUCGAUGCCGCCGGCGGUUUCGGCGGAACUUGGUACUGGAACAGGUAUCCGGGCCUGCACUGCGAUGUUGAGAGUUACAUCUACAUGCCACUUCUCGAGGAGACAGGGUACAUGCCCAAGCAGAAGUACUCGCCCGGGUCCGAGUUACGCGAGCACGCUGAGCGGAUUGCCACCCAGUUCGAGCUGCACGACAAGGCCUUGUUCCGCUCGAACGCAAAGGCAGCGACAUGGGAUGAGGAAGAGAAACUCUGGACUGUCCAGAUCACCGAGGGACGCGGACCAAACGAGCCAAGCAGAGAAUUGACGCUCAAGUGCCAGUAUCUGAUGGUUGCUUCGGGAGUGCUCAACGUCCCUCAUGUGCCCAAGAUUCCUGGGCUUGAAGGAUUCGGUGGUGAGAUGUUCCACACAGCUCGUUGGGAUUAUUCUGCCACUGGAGGAUCCUAUGAGAGCCCAGACAUGGAGAAGUUGAAGGACAAGAGGGUGGGAAUUAUCGGAACUGGUGCGACCUCCAUCCAGAUCAUUCCGCAGCUAGCCAAGUGGGCAAAGGAGCUUUAUGUGUUCCAACGCACACCGUCGGCCGUGCAUCCCCGUGAUCAGAAGGCAACAGAUCCUGAAGAAUGGAAAACCAAGAUUGCAUCCAAGAAGGGCUGGCAGGUGGAGCGCGCGCUCAACUUUGCCGCCCACAUGAGCCUUGCCACCAAAGAGGGAGAAGAGAACCUGGUAAACGACGGCUGGACAAGGAUCCCAGCAUACUCUGCCCUGAUCGGCUCUCCUGGGUUUGGUCUUAUCGAGCCUACUCCUGAGGCGAUUGGCGCGAACGUGGCACGCCUGUACAAGAUGGAUACUCCCACGGCCGAAACUGCUCGUGCCCGCGUCGAUCAGAUCGUCAAGGAUCCAGAGACUGCAAACAAGCUGAAGGCCUGGUACCCUUCUUGGUGCAAGCGGCCCACCUUCAGUGACAUGUACCUCCAAGCCUUCAACGAGCCCAACGUCCAUCUUAUUGACACAAAUGGCCAAGGUAUCGAAGCGGCGACAAAGGACGGCCUCAUUUUUGCCGGAAAGGAAGACCCGUUGGACGUUCUUGUCCUCAGUACUGGUUAUCGGUCACCAGCCUUUGGCAACGGUAACCCGGCGGCCAAGACCGGUAUUUCAGUUAUUGGUCGUGGAGGCCUGUCGAUGGACGAGAAGUGGAAGAACAUCGGCUCAGCGACGCUUCACGGAGUUGCCACUAGCGGGUUCCCCAACCUGUUCUUUGCUUUUGGCCCGCAAACUGCUGCCACAGCCAACUUCAUCACGAUGUUGGAAGUGGGCAUCCAGCACACUGCACACAUUUUGGCCAAGGCAGAAGAGAAGGUGGGUGCCGGCUCGCGAGCUAUUGUUGAAGUCACGAAAGAGGAGGAAGAGGCUUGGACAAUGCAAGUCAUGAUGCGCGCCCCGUAUUUUGCGUCCAUCAUGGGCUGUACUCCUGGGUAUCUGAACGGGGAGGGGCAAUCUGCAAGACAGGACCCGAAGGACAUGAUGAAAGCGAGCAGAUCGUCAGGGUGGAGUGAAGGAAUGUUGUCGUAUGUCGAGGUGUUGGAGGAGUACCGCAGGGAAGGGUCUUUGAAGGGUGUUGAGAUCACUGCCGCAUAA